GAUGCUUUUUUUCUUUUUAGAUUCCGUGAUAAAGCUGUCGUAUGGGAUCCUUCUCAUGGUCAUAGGGGUCAUCAUGGCGGCCAUCAACCCUCUUGAAAUUGCCACGAAUUGGUUCCUCGACAUGCGAGAAGGCUCGUUCCUCUACAACAUGUGGGAGAAUCCGACGUACGAGCUGUUUUCCGAGAUGUGGGUGUACAACUAUACCAACUCGGAGGAGUACCUCAGCGGGUCAGACUCAAUACUACAAGUCAAGGAGAUCGGACCCUUCACGUAUCAAGAGAUGCGAACGAACGAGAACCUGCAGAUCGACAAGGAGCGCGGCGUGAUGACCAUGGAGCCUCACAUGCGGCUGCGGUUCCUGCCAGACAUGUCUGUGGAGGACACCAACAACGUGACUGUUAAUAUACCUAAUGUGGCUCUACUUGCCAUCAGCACUCUAUUCGCUGACAAGUUGGGUUACUUCGCGAAUGCUGGCGCGUUCUACUCCAUGAGCGCUCUCGGCUCCAAACUCUUCAAGCAGAUGUCGGUGGAGCAACUGUUCUGGGGCUACCACGACCCUAUAGUCACUAUAGCUAACUCUAUACUGCCUGGCUGGAUCGAUUUCAAGGAGAUUGGGUUAUUGGAUCGGUUCUAUGCAGAAAGGAAUGAUACCUCGGAAGUAGAACUCCGGAACACCUCCAGAAGAUACUCCCUCAACUCCUGGAAUAAUAACGUCGGUCUCAUUGAACAGGGAUACACCGACUGGAAUACCAGUACCCUAUGCAACAGAAUCAAGGGUUCGUACGAGGGUCUCAUGAUGCCAGCGAACUACGAAAAGGGUCUGAACAUCACGGUGUUCAGGAAGCAAGCCUGCAGGAACUAUCCUUUCAACUUUGUUGGAGAGCGCACCAAUGAUCUGGGACUUAACUCCUAUUUAUAUCAAAUGGAUCCUACCGCCUUCAGCACGAAGUCUCCCUACGCCUGUGACUGUACAUACAAGAGCUGCCCCCCUGAGGGAUUCGUUGAUGUCAGCAGUUGUUACUAUGGUUUCCCCAUCGCGUUAUCGAAACCCCACUUCAUGGACACGGAUCCCGUACAGCAGGCGAAUUUCAAAGGAAUGAAGCCUGACCGGAAAGCACACGCGUCGCACUUUGAGUUGGAACCUGUUGUUGGGGCACCUUUGAGUUUCGCGAUCAAGAUCCAGAUCAACCUUGCUGUCAGAAUGUCGGAGGGAAACCCCAUCAGCAAGCCGCUGAAGGACAAGGUGCUGCCGCUGAUGUGGUUCUCAAUGUACUGUAAGCAGCCACCAGCAGACGUGGUGUCCCUCCUCCGCCUUCGUCUAGUCAUCGCUCCUCCCCUCAUGAUAGUCCUCGAAAUCGUGCUCUUCCUCAUCGGCUUCAUCCUUGGCGCUCAAGGUCUCCACAGGGUAUGGAAACCAAAAUACAAGAUCGUUCAGCCCAAGGACCUCCCCAUCCCUUCUAUCAGAAGGAAGAGCGCAGAAAGGAGAAGAAGCAGCGUGAUCUUAAACAUGGCUGAAAAUGAUGCUUUUAAGGAUGAUGAGGAUUUAGCAAAAGAAGCUGUGUCCUUAUUGGCUAUCAAUGAGGAAGAUAAUGAGUUUGUCGACUUGCUGUUGAGCUCUGACAAUGAAUGAUGUUGUAGUGGUGUAGGAAACGUUUGCUCAAUUUCAAAUGCUUUAUUUAGUGGAAUUUAGAUUUUCUGUAUCUUGCCUGGUGUUAUUACAUCGCCAUAGGCUGUUACAUCGUUGACAGAUGAUUUACUUGCAAAGAUAAAAGUGGAUUUUCGGGAGGUUUAGAAGUAUAUUCUAAUGAGUUUCUUCUGUCUUCAGAAGUCUUUAUUCAGAAUUUUGUGUGGUCAUCUACAUGUUUGGUAAUUUGACAAGUUUUUUUUAAUAAAUCCACUAGAAAUCUAUCGGUGUUAAGGUAUUUUUAGAAGGCUAUUUAUGACAAGUCAUUCCUAGUUUUAAAGUAGUUACUUCAUUGACAUUUUCUUAAAUUCUCACAGUAAACUUCUUCAUACAUAAAUAAUACAACGGUUUCAAUCAGUAUUCUCAAGAUCGUCUGACUAGUUUCAGACCAAAACGGAAUCCUUAAUCAUGAGCUGAUACGGUGUGAUCUUGAGUAGAAUUGUUUGACUCAUGACUUUACGUCGUUCGUCCGAAACUAGUCGGGCGAUCCCGAUAAAUACUUGUGAGUAAAAUG